GUGUGGGUGCCCCACUGAAUUCCAAUUUAAGAGGGUUUUCUCCUUCUUGUUUGAUUGCUGCAUGUAGAUCUUCUAAUCGCUAAUAAUGGGCUUCUUCUUCUUAGCCAGAAAUUCACUCGCACGUUUCAGCCCACGUUUUCGGGGUUUAUUGUUGAACCACCGUUGCUUCACAGCCUCGGAUUCCGGCGAGUUUUGUGGGGUUUCCGGUGAAUCGGAGCCGGAAUCAUGGAAAUCGAUGGAGGGUCUGCUUCGUUGUUCCGCAAAUUACGCUCCUUUAACACCCAUCACCUUCUUGGAGAGAUCGGCCAACGUUUACGGGGACAAAACCUCAGUCGUGUUUGGUUCCGUGAAGCACACUUGGAGUCGAACCCACCAACGCUGUCUCAGCCUUGCUUCUGCUCUUACCCUAAUUGGAAUCUCUCCCGGAGAUGUGGUUGCAGCUUUGGCGCCGAAUGUCCCAGCAAUGUAUGAGCUCCAUUUCGCUGUUCCAAUGGCUGGAUCGAUCCUCUGCACGCUCAAUACUCGCCAUGAUCCUGCCACUCUGUCUGUUUUGCUGAGACAUUCCGAGGCAAAAGCCCUCUUUGUCGAUCACCAGUUGUUGGAAGUUGCUCGUGAAGCUCUUGAUCUCCUUGCCAAAUCGGACAGAACAAGAAAAACUCCGAUACUUGUCUUAAUCUCUCACUCUGAAGAUGGCUUGUCCCCAGCCUCCUCAAGCCUUGCUUCAGAGCACAACUGUAUUGAUUAUGAAUACGAAAGCUUGCUUGAAACUGGAAGUAUAGAGUUUGAGGUGAGGAACCCGAGAAGCGAAUGGGAUCCAAUCAGUAUAAACUAUACUUCCGGGACAACGUCAAGGCCUAAAGGCGUGGUGUACAGCCAUAGAGGAGCCUAUCUGAAUUCACUCGCCACGCUCUUUCUUCACAGAAUUUGUGAUUCUUCGGUUUAUUUGUGGACGGUCCCUAUGUUUCACUGCAAUGGAUGGUGCCUCAUAUGGGGAAUUGCUGCACAAGGUGGAACCAACAUCUGCCUUAGGAAAGUCACUCCAAAAGCAAUCUUUGAGAACAUUACUCUGCACAAUGUGACUCACAUGGGAGGUGCUCCGACUGUACUGAACAUGAUCGUUAAUUCCCCGGAUACUGAACGUAAGCCGCUUCCUCACAGGGUGGAGAUCAUGACAGGCGGGUCACCGCCAUUGCCACAGGUCCUGGCUAAGAUGGAAGGAUUAGGGUUCGAUGUGUCUCAUCUGUACGGCUUGACAGAGACGUAUGGCCCAGGGACUCACUGUGCUUGGAAACCCAAAUGGGAUUCUCUUCCUUUGGAAGAGAGAUCGAAGUUGAAAGCGAGACAAGGAGUUCGGCAUCUGGGUUUGGAAGGGCUCGACGUGAAAGACCCUGAGACAAUGCAGAGCUUACCAAACGAUGGUACAACCAUGGGAGAGGUUAUGUUCAGAGGAAACACCGUGAUGAGCGGAUACUUCAAAGACUUGAAAGCAACGGAAGAAGCUUUCAAAGGAGGUUGGCUUCACACGGGCGAUCUUGCAGUGAAACAUCCUGAUGGGUAUAUCGAGAUAAAGGAUCGGCUAAAGGAUGUGAUCAUCUCGGGAGGAGAGAAUGUAAGCACGGUUGAGGUAGAGAGGGUUUUGUCUGGUCACCGUGCUGUUCUCGAGGCUGCAGUUGUGGGAAGGCCGGAUGAUCACUGGGGCCAGACACCAUGCGCGUUUGUGAAGCUGAAAGACGGGUUCGAUGUUAAACCCGAAGAGAUUAUAGAGUUCUGUAGAGAACACUUGCCUCAUUACAUGGCUCCAAAGACUGUUGUUUUUAGUGAUUUGCCUAGAACUUCCACUGGCAAAGUACAGAAGUAUCUGUUGAGACAGAGAGCUAAUGAGAUGGGCAGCUUGUCAUGAUCGCCAAGGACCAUUGUUAUGUCUUUGCUUCUCCUCCAGGAUCUAAUGCGGACAUCAAAAUCUGUUUCACAUUCGGAACCAGUUCGAAAGACUUCAGACCAUCUGAUUCCAUCGAAUAAGCUAUUUUUAGCAAUACCAGAGUCCAGGUAUGAAAGAACUUUCUAAGUUUGGGUUUUCAGUUAUGUCUUUUAUCUUCAAAAUUUAUAGGAUCCUCUGAGAUCAUUGCCCUUUGA